AUGUUUGACAAGAUUCAGCAUAUUGGAUACUACACCGCCGACCUUGAGGCCACCAUUGACUGGUACAACAAGGGGUUCGGGGCACUGAGCGCCGGGGGUGGCGACGUGGCCAGCAGCGUUCAGGUGCCUGGCGGCGGCAUCAACGCCUUUCUGCGCUUCGGCCAGGUGGAGGUGGAACUGAUCCAGCCCGCCGAUACGUCCAAUUUGCCCAAGGACGGGCUGGUCAUGCACCACGUGGGCUACGUGGUAGCCGACAUUCACGAGGCCAUUGAAGACUGCAAGGCACGGGGCUUCCGGUUCGCGGCGGACGCUCCCCGCACCAACCAGUUGGGCCAGCAACUGCUGUAUUUCCAUCCCGAGACCACCAACAAUGUACUGAUGCACCUGACACAGCUACCGGCGCCGGAGAAUGCGGUUGCAACCGGUGUGGGCGGCGGCGUGCAGGUCGCCAAGAUUGUCCACGCGGGCUACCUGGUGCCCAACGUGGACGAGGCCAUUGCUUGGUACGUGGACAAGUUUGACGGCGUACACAUUGGCGGCGGGCCCUCACGUACGGGCAGUCGGAACGCCUUUGUAAACUUCGGACAGGUGCAGGUGGAGCUGAUUGAGCCUAUCGACCCAGAGCGACUGGGCGGUCACCAUACGAUGGACCACGUGGGCUAUGUUAUGGACGAUAUCCAUGCCGGCAUCGACGACUGCUGCGGCCGGGGGUUCAAGUUCGUGGCCGACACUCCCAACACGAAUUCGGUGGGGCAGCAGGUGCUCUACUUUGAUACCACCACCAGUCUGGGCAGCCGGAUGCACCUGACGCAGUUGCCUGAUUAA